CCACAACACAAAUGCACAUAAGAUCAUGCUAAUUGAUUCGACAUGGCCAACACAAGGUACAGGUGUUCCGCGACUUGUGAAUCCAGCACAAACAUGGAACAACAUUGCUGUAAACACAGUUAACAAUGGAGGCGCCAAAAAACCAAGGCGUGUGAGAACAGCAUUCACCAGCAACCAAAUGACGGAACUAGAGCAAGAAUACACUCGCACAAAAUACCUAGACCGAGCACGUCGCUUGGAGCUGGCGGAAAUCUUACAGCUCAACGAGCGGACUAUAAAAAUAUGGUUCCAGAACAGAAGAAUGAAAGAGAAAAAGAUUUUGACGGAGCACUUAGAAGAGUCUGAAGAAACCAGCACGACUGCUUCUUUGCCAGAUUUAGGCCCACUUCCAAUAUAUCACAAUUAUACAUUCAAUAACCUAAUGUUUACUGAACGAAAUCAACCAGCACAACCUUAUUUGUUCAUGCCGACCUAUGGACAUCAAACGUUACUUCAGCCUCCGACAGCAAAUGGAAUGGUUGCCAGUUCAACAGGAGCUCCCGGGACAGGGCUCCAACAACUAACGUUACAGGAGUUUGAGGUUAAUCAGCCUACUAAAAAUUCAAUGCAAGCGAGCACACCGCCCAUGUCGAAUACCAAUAAUAUGUCCUGGGACUUAUCCUGGAUUCACAGUAUGAACACCCAAAAUGAAUAUUGACCUGUGAUUCAAAGUACUUCUAACCU